AUGCUAGCCAUUUUCGUGCCGGUCAAGAAGAAGAAGGCGGGCGGCUCCGAAGACGCCCUCAGGCCCCACAGAGUCAGAGGCUUCUGGCUUGAGAAAAACGACACGGCCUGCCAUUUAUUCAAAGCAGUGCAGCUCAUAAAAACCGCAACCUUCUUGGGUCCAUUCCGGGAGGGGGGUUGGUGAAGCCGGCUCCGGCACUCAAGCUUAUCUUUUGCGCCAAACGGGCACAGUCAAUUUGAACGCCUAACCAACCGACAAAUUGGCUCUCGACCUGAGGUCGUUGGGCCGUUCUCUCGGGAGUUUUACUGACAUUACUUUCUCUAUUUGGGGUCGUAUUUUCGUGUUUCAUACUGUUUAAUGUGGCAUUUUUUGGCUUUUGUUUAUAUUACUUAUUGUAUUCUUAAAAUAUUGGUAUCAUUUCUUUCUUUUUUCUAAUUUUUUUACGUUUUUAUCAUAUAUCACUAUUUUUGUAAUAAUUAUGGCAAGUUGAUGACGUUUACUGCCUUAUUUUUAAGGCAGUAAACGUCAAGUUAUUUUUAUAUAUUCGCUUUCCUAGGCCGUUUUAUUCUAUCUCCAAACCAUUUUAUUAUGAUUUAUCAUUCAAAACUUUCAGAAUUUUGUUUUUAUUUUAAAAUUUGCCUUUUUAAAAAUUUUCUCUAUAUAUUUUAUGACCAACUCAGUAUAAUACUACCUGCCGUUUCUAUCAUCAAACACUGUUUGUCGAGCAUGUGUCUGUUUUUUAUUUGCUUGGAUUACUUUUUGAUUUACGAGGGAGACAUUAACACAACAAAUCUUGUUGUGAGUAGACUUUCGGACAUUCUUUCUCACCCAAAUUUGCAUUUUUCGUUCAUAAUUUAUGAGAUUUGCAUAAAAAUUUGGUUUACAAACAUUUUUUGUUUUAAAAUGGCAUAGUCUAGUAAAAGUAUGAAAAAUGAUUUGAGCUAGUCAAGAAGUAAGUAGAAACAUGAAAAAAGUCAUGAGCUGGUCAAGAAGUAAGUAGAAACAAAAAGCAUCUUUAGUCUUUACCUCCCUUUGCCAAAAUAACAUAAAAAGCAAUAUUACACACGUUCUGAUUAGAUGAGUACGUCAUCUAAUUGAAUUGAGCUGCAGCUAGGCUAGCUGUUUUAUGAAAUACUCACUUUACUCCAAGUAUCAAAUGACAUUAUAUUCAUAACUCAUUGCGUGAAAUAGAUAUGUAAACAUUAAUUGAGAAAAACAGCGUUAUCAUACAAUAAUGCCCUGCCCUUUACAGCAUUAUGAUAAAACGUAUCUUUGGUCGGAAAAACCUCCGAAAAUCAAAAUCCGUCCAAGAAGAUUCGACAGAUGUGAUACAAGCGGGUACUAGUAACGGUGGUGCUCAUAUAGCACCGAGCAAAACCUUUGAUGCUACGAGGUAAGAAAAGGACUGUAUAAAGUUCAAUUUUAAAUAAAAUACGAAUUAAUUUUAAAAUUUUAUAAAAAUAUUUUAAGCCAAAUUUUGAGUUUUACUACAAAGUAAGCGAUUACUGUGCUAUUAAAUAUUAAAAAUGAUUUUUCAAAGUAAAAUUGCCAAAACUCUUCAGAAGCUGUCGCAUAGAAGAAUGUCACAGUUUUAUGGACGCGACAUCCUCGGCAGGUGCUGAGAACGCUCGUGCUGACCCAGAACUAGACCGUGCCAUGAUGCAGACUAUAACGGAUGUCAAAUACGUAAAAAGGAGACCAAAGUUCACAGCAGUCGGUAAGUAAUGGCAGCAUAGUGUAAGGUUGUUGUAGUUGAUGCCAACUUUCAGCGACAGUGUAUUGAAGCCCACAACUUGGUGAGGGAAAAGUAUGGAUCUAGUGCUUUGAUUUGGUCACAAGAAUUGGCAGAUCUGGCCAAGAGUUGGGCCACGAGUUUGGCUGAUCGAGGCAGAGUUAUGUAUCCGGAAUUACCUGGUGAGUUAUGUAAAACAGUAUGGUUUGGUUACGUAUUGUUUAUAAAAGCAAUAUUAGAAACUAAAGUUUUUAAAUUGUCAUCUUUUUUUAUAGGUGAGGGGCAUUUUAGGCUUUUACUUUGAAGACUUUUAGGCAUUGGAGAGAACAUUCACCUUGUUAUUCACGAAACGGGAGAUCACCUGACUACUGGCAGUGAGAUUGUCGCUGAAUGGGCUAAAGAAGCCGAAAAUUUUGACUUUGAGAAUCCACAUUGGAGCAUAAGUAGGUCAAUAAUUAAGCAGAAAGGACGUAAAUUAUUCUUGAAAAUCAAAUAUUACCCUAAUUAAAUUUAAAAAAACAAAAGUAUGCAAUUUUUAAUCAACCUAAUGCCUUCAGAAUGCAAAAACUUCACCCAGCUGAUCUGGCAAUCCUCGGUGGAGCUCGGCGUGGCCCGCCACUGGAAUACGACCAAGAAUUGUCUGGCCAUUGUCGCGUUUUAUAGGCCCGGAGGCAAUUCGAAUACGCCGGGUAAGUGCCCUUUCUAGGCUUAAUUGGCUUUAUUAAAGGCGAAUUCGCACACAAUCUGCCGGCACGGCACGCCGUCCCCGCCGACGCACGAUCGGCUACACAACUGGAGUCCAUCCAGCAUUCCAUGAAUCGCUGCGACUUAAGCGACGUCACCUUCCGAUCCGAUCCCCCCAGGCGCUGA